CACCUACCUUAUUCAGUCUAUCGCCAGCCCAGUCUCUUUUCGCCCACCGUACCAUCUUCGCCAUUUUCAAUUCUCAACGUUCAAAAACGCCUCGCCCACAAUGUCCGCCGCCCUUCGCCGUGUCAUUGCGACCCCGCGCCUUGCUGCGCGGUCCUUCAGCACCACCUCCCCCCGCGGCGUCGCCCGCAUCACCAUCGUCGGCAACUUGGCCGACACGCCCGAGCUGCAGGCCACCAGCACCGGACACGAGGUGCUCAAAUACGCCAUCGCCAGCAACAGCGGGCCCCGGGAUAACCGCCACACCAGCUGGUUCCGUGUUUCGAGCUUCGAGCCCCAGGGUCCCCGUCGCGACUACCUUCAGAGCCUGCCCAAGGGAUCUCUUGUCUACGUCGAGGGAGAUGCCACCAUGAACACCUACCAGGAUGCCGAGGGCAAGACCAGGAGUUCUCUCAGCAUUAUCCAGCGCAAUGUUGAAGUCCUCCGGCGUCCCGGCAACCCGUCAGGCGAGUGACGCAUCAAUUGAUGCUGUAGAGGCCCAGUGAUUAUUUUACCGAUAUGACGCAACAGUCUCGGUUUUUUUCUCCCCUCCAUAUGUACUACUUUACGUCGCGAAUGCCAUCACCGCGGACAAGAUGUGUAAAAUUAGGUUGGGUGGAUAGUACUAGUAGGAGAGCCCAUAGCUUGGGCGAGAUUUUAUCUAAUACCCCUUUAAGAAUCGCAAAGGAUUGCACUUGACCUCAUUUUGAAUCU